AUGGCGUUCCCUAGGCAUUGCGCUCGCUCUGGCGCUGGUCUGACGACAGCAUUGACCUCGCCCGCCCACAUUCCGAACGUCUCGAGGAUUUACCGGCGGGGUCUGAACGAAGAUGUCAGGAUCACUAGGACCGGCAAGCCCAUUCUCACAGUAUCCGGGGGAAGAUCAUCACUCGGAGGCUACACCGCGACCGUCUUCGGAGCUACCGGUUUCCUCGGAAGAUAUAUUGUGAACCGACUGGCUCGUUCGGGAUGCACUGUCGUCGUUCCCUUUCGCGAGGAGAUGGCCAGGCGUCAUUUGAAGGUUACCGGAGACUUGGGACGGAUAGUGUUCCUUGAAAUGGACCUUCGAAACACAGCAUCCAUCGAGGAAAGCGUACGGCAUUCAGAUAUUGUUUACAACCUCAUCGGACGGGAUUAUCCUACAAAGAACUUUGAUCUCUACGACGUCCAUGUAGAGGGUGCUGAACGAAUUGCUGAAGCCGUUGCGAAGUACGACAUCGACCGAUUCGUCCACGUUUCCAGCUACAACGCAAACAAGAACUCUCCGUCAGAGUUCUACCGAACAAAGGCAUACGGAGAAGAAGCGGUCCGCAACAUCUACCCCGAGACCACCAUCGUCCGACCCGCGCCAAUGUUUGGGUUCGAGGACCGCCUCCUAAACUCGCUGGCUGGCCAGAAAAAUUUCAUCACAUCGAACUGGAUGCAGGAGCGGUUCUGGCCAGUUCACGCCAUUGACGUCGGCAUGGCGCUUGAGCAGAUGCUCCACGAUGACACCACUGCAUCGGAAACAUACGAGUUGUUUGGACCCACCAACUACUCAUUGGGAGAGAUUGCUCAGCUAGUCGAUCGGGAGAUCGUCAAGAGGAGAAGGCACAUCAACCUUCCCAAACCGGUGUGGAAGCCAACGGCUGGUCUCAUGAACAAGUGUCUGUGGUGGCCGGUUGGGUCUGCCGAUGAAGUGGAGCGUGAAUUCAUUGAUCAAGCCAUCGAUCCGAGGGCGAAGACUUUCAAGGACUUGGAUAUCGAACCAGCGGAACUCAAGAGCUUGACAUACGAGUAUCUGAAAGGCUACCGCAGCUCCGCUUUCUACGACCUACCCCCACAGACCGAGCGCGAGAAGCGGGAAGAGAAGAAGUACCUCCACGUCCUCGACGACCAGUAG